AUGAUUCAGAAACCCGUCCUGAAAAACGGCCAGAAGAUUAUCCAUGACGCUACAUCAAAAACAAGUUCGGUGGAGCCCCAGCAGCAGCAGCAGCGCAAGGGCGAAAGGCCAGUCCAUGUUCAGGACGUAGCAAAGAGCGGGAACGGCGGUUACAACCAGUCCGCCAGCCAUGGCGCUGCUAAUGGGCAUGUGGAGAACGGAAGGAGCAAGCUGCUCAAUGCUUCAAAUGGUCUAGCCAAUCCACAGCACAAUGGACGCAACAACGCCAACGGUCAGACGGGUGGCAAGCAUGGACCUGUUAAUGGGAACGCAGUCAGGCCCGAGACAUACAAUGGUGUCAACUCAUCCGCUGGAGGCAAGCCCGGCGGGGCGACCGUGGCCAGUGGUGAUGGCAAGCAGCAUGUCACUGAGCCGUCACUGCAGCCUCUUGCUGGCGGCGGUCGAGGCCGCGACGCAGGCGCUUUUGGCGUCUCCUAUUCCAACGGAGGUGCUUCCGCUGUUGACAUCGUCAGUGGCGGCGCAAAUGGAAGCGCCGAUGGUGCCCAUGGAGGACGUCCGAGGGAGACACGGCGCCGCGAUGGCCGAGGCCGGGGCGGCGGCACAGGGCCCGAAGGCGCGCCAGCAGGAGCUGAAGAUUCUGCUGCUUACGCUACCUCAAACGGCGGAGUGCCGGGGCGACAGCAAGAGAGGCACGGACGCCCGCGAGGGGAUCGCAGGCCGCGCGGCCCGACGCAGGAGACAGUUAAUGCGAAUGCCAACGCUACUUCAAAUGCAACCAUCACGGCCGCUACCAACGGCACCAGCGCCGCCGUCGAGCACGAGGAUGCGGAGCGUGGCGGACAGCGGUACGGCAGGCCCAGGGGACGGCGAGGCCGCGUCGGUCAGCAGACGGUUGCUGGCGAAGGCAGCGGACCGGCCGUCGAGCUUCAGCGCAUGGCGUCUGGCUCUCAGCCUGGCACCAAUGUGGUGGAAGCACAACAGGAGAGGAAGCCUCGGCAGAGGCUUCCCAGGGCAUCCCGCCCCCCUUCCCAAAACGGUGUUUCCGAGGGCAUUGCCAGGGAAAACUCUGAGGCAGCACCUAAUGGACCGCAGCCGCGCAGGACCAGGGAGCCGAGGCAAUCGCAGGAACAGCCGGGGCAGAACCCUAAGCCGAGGCACCAGGACACCGAUGGCGGCAAGAGGGACGGGUUCGAAGGUAGCCGUGGUGGCGCCAGGGGCCGUGGCGGUCGCCGUCGGAAUGGUGGACGUUCGGAUGGAGGGGGGGAAGGCGUCGGCGAUCUCGAGCGGGUGCUGCCGGAUCGGCUGGAGCGCAGUUUGACGCUGCAGCAAUCCCAUGGUCAGCAGCCCGCACCAGCGUUGGAGCGUCCAGCCGCAGCAUCUCAACAGGUCGUGGAACAGCCCCCGGCUCCAUACGCCUCGCAUCUGUCCUAUCAGCCGCCUCUGGCUACACCUGUGCAGGGCCCCCUGCAAGUCACGCAACCGCCGGCGGACACAUUGGCGCACGCCACAGCUCACCUUCCCUCGCUUCCACAGCAAUCGCAAGCUCCUAUGGUGCAGCCGCAGCAACCUCAACUGCAGCAGUAUCCUCCACCACCAUUCCAAGAGGGUCAGCCUUUGCUCGAUUUCUCGCAGCAGCAACAGCUGCUGCACCACAUGCUGCCGCAGCACCAGUAUCCCCCUCUCUCAGAGUAUCAGCAGCAGCACUUUCUUCAGCAACAACAGUUCGACCCAGCCUACCAAUUCCAGCAGCAGUUGCUGCAGCAGCACCUGGUAUCGUCGGGGCCUGGCACACACGCCUUUAUGUCAGAUCCAUUCAACGCUCCUGGUGGUCCCAUGGGCGGUCCGGGGCCGCUGCCGCCUACGUUUUUUAGUCCUGGCAUUGAUGCAUACGGGCAGAUGCUGGCCCCUCCAUCGGGACCGAGCUUCGGUAAUGCACCUCCUCCCAUGCAGCCGGCAGGUAUGCCCUCUACGCAGGCCGGUCUGUGCGACGGCCGUCACGAGGACUUCGUAACCGAGGAUCAGCAGUCGCAGCUCAACCAGCAACAGCUUCAGAUGCCUUUUCCCGCGGUGGGGUAUGUGGGCCCGCAAAGCCUGCAACUGCUGAGCCAAGAGGAGCGGAGUCCAUUUGAAGAGACGGCUAAGCCUGUGGCGGUGGCGGCUGGCCUCGAACUGCAAGUUGCUGCCCUGUCCGUUGACGCGGAGCCGGCGGUCCGUGCCACAAACGUAUCUGUCCCUUUGGAUUCCGUUGCUGAGGUGACAGCUUCGGAGCCGGUGAAGAACGAGUGGGCGGAACGCCUGGCGCAGCAGGCGCUGGCCCGCAUGACGGCCGCGAAGUCGAGUCUUAUUAAUGGCAGCAGCAGCCUGUCGGAGAGCCUCCGCAUUGCGGACGAGCGGCCCCGAAGCAGCUUGACCCGGCCCGUGACCUAUUCCAACGGCUCCGCAAACGGCUCGGGUGCAUACAGCACAUCGCCUCGCGGUGUGUCGUCCAAUGGCAUUGGGGGCCAUUCCAAUGACCCAGAGCCGCGGCGCGGUUACGAGACAUGGCGCAAUGGUGCGCCUGGCAACAGUGCCCUUUUGGGCGAUGCGGGCAAUGGCUGGCGUGCUAGCCUCGCGCCGACAGGCGCGGCAGAUGCAGCGGAGGCAUGGCGCGCGCGGGGACGUACGGAUGAUACGGGAGAGGUCCAUGCGCCUUAUCAGCCGCCGCGCCGCGAGGAGUCGCCGCCUCCACCGCCAGCGGCUGCUGGUGAUGGACCGGCAGCUGCCAGCGGAUCCCCUAUUGCCGCCCCUGUACUCGGGGGUGGCAAUUCAAGCGCACCUAAUGGGACGCGCUCAUCCAUUUUCGGGGCCGCCAGGCCCCGCGAGGAGGUUCUGCGCGAGCGUGGUGUGACGGAGCCUGACCGCCUCACCACCAGCAACGUGGCCUACGCGAAUAGCGGCUCCAGUCUCGGCGCCGUUGCCCGCACAGGAGGCAUUGCCGGUAGCGUUACGAGCGGCGCCAGCGACGAGGAUCAGUGGCAGACGGUUGGCAAGGGUGGUCGUAGCAAGCCGCCGCCGACGUCCAUGGAUGUGGGCAAUUCGCUUCUGGAUGCUUCGUCGGAUCCGUUCUUCGCAGGCCGCUCCACCACAGGCCACGGGGUGGCGAUUGUCGGCCGCAAUAUUCCCUCUGGCCGAGUGUAUGGGGGUGGCGGCGGUAGCUACAACAAGGGUAGUCACGGCAGCCAUGGCGCUGGUGGGGAGACCUACCUAAACGCCUAUGGCGCCAGCAGGGGUUACGGAAUUUCCUUCGGCAACGAGGACGAUGAACCUAUUUUUAAGCGCGGCCUGCCAACUCGUAACGAUGGGCCAUUUUAGACACGCGCGCUCUUCUGUUUGGCAGGUAUUGUACAAUUUUAGGACGGCAUGUUGUCCGCAUCUGUAUGGAUGGUGUUGUCGAGGUGGUGCCUUCGAGAGCAGGUUGAGGUGCUUAACGUCUUUGGCCGGGUCCGUCACCUGUUUUGGUUGGCCAACACGUUUCCCAUGGCUUCAACAUUUAUGCUUGCACAAGGAUGGCCGUUAAGCCACCGGUAGCAGCAUAGGCCUGAACGCUCGAGGGUUGUGCAUGCAAGGAAUGAUGGCCGGGUGUUUGAUUUGUGGGAGGGACCGGAAUGCGAUGCCUCUGCUGGCGCCUCCUGACCAGAUCGGGCUGGCAUGUUUUUUUAUAUAUGUAACAGGCGAGUACGAU